UGCUCCUCCCGGAACGAACCCAAUCACGCAAGCAAAGCAAAGAAGCGACCGGAGCCGCACACCACCCGCACCGGCCCUCGUAAUUGCGUCCUCGAUCUCCAAUCAUAGGCCGGCUCGAGGUGCCGCGCUAUUCAACGGACCUCUCCCUUUGUUUACUACUCCCGCCCAAAUCAUUCGCAGUUUUCUCCCCUCCUCUCUGUUUCGAAGAAUCAGACCGAGCUUAGCUUCCUAGUUGUUGUGUGGUUGGGCGGUGCUGGUGCGUUAAUGGGGGUUGACCUCCUCCUCUUCCUCUUCCUCCUCGCGCCUUUAAAUUGCGCGGGAAGAACUGCCAGUUGUGAGAGCCGCACAUAACCAGCCCCCCUCCUUUGUUCCGAUUGAGUCUCGCCUGGGCUCUCUGUUCCGUGUUGUGUUUCUGUUUCUGCUCUUCCCUUCUUCCCUGACGCUGCAAUGGCAUCGGAGAAGCUCGUCGCCAGGAAAGGCAGGCUCAGGCAGCGCUACGACAACGAGUACCGCCUCGUCGCCGGGUGCGUCCCGUACCGCGUGGACAAACACGGGCAGCUCGAGGUUCUUAUGGUCUCCACAGCCAACAGGGACGAUCUUGUCUUCCCCAAGGGCGGCUGGGAGGACGAUGAGGACGUCUAUGAGGCGGCAUGUCGCGAGGCGCUGGAGGAGGCCGGAGUCAGGGGCAACAUCAAUAGAAACCCGCUGGGCUUGUGGAUGUUCAGGAGCAAGAGCAGAGAGAGCCUGAGCCAGAGCAGCGACUGCCCGCGGGGCGCCUGCAAGGGCCACGUCUUCGCGCUGGAGGUCACCGAGGAGCUCAAGCAAUGGCCGGAGCAAGAAACCCACGGAAGGCGGUGGCUCUCUCCAGCAGACGCGUACGGGCUCUGCCGGUACGACUGGAUGCGCGAGGCGCUGACGGCAUUGCUGGAUCGUUGUUCGAUUGCAUCGCCGACGAUCCCUGUAGCGGCGGCGGUGGCCGUGAGCACUGCGGCGCCGGAGCUGAACGAGCACGCUGGCAUGUGCAUAAGCAUGAUGCUGAUGAAACCGGCAGGCCCCGGGGAUCGAGCGGUGGCGCUGUGCUGAUCCUUGCAGUGCAUGCAAAUGAACUGACGACAGGCUGCGGGCGAAGCUAAUAAGCAGCCAGAAAUAUCAUCUCAUAAGACCUUCCAACAUGUUCUCUUUUCGUUCUAAUCAGUAAUUAGUUAUCGUCAUAAUUACCGAGUGUCACCCGUCAUGUAUGAUCAAUUCCUGGCCUCUGUUGAUAGCCAACUUGUAUGAUCGAUCUAGUGGCUAGCAUUGAGUGAUCCGUCUGUUCUGCAAUGUUAUCAAGUCUUAGGGCCACUUGAUCAAGUCGUCUUGUAAAUGUUUGCUUCCGUUCCUCAAAUGGAUUUCCUGAGCAACAAGAAAA